CUUGAAAGUGUCAUGACAGGCUUAGGGUUUCCUUGGAUUUUUGUCAGAUGGGUUAUGUAAUGUGUUACCACUGCAUCCUUCUCCUUGCCAAUCAAUGGUGGACUUCAUGGGUUUAUUCAAUGCAAGAGAGGCAUUAGGCAAGGGGAUCCCAUGGGACCCACCCUAUUUCUUUUUUGUGUGGAAUACUUCUCUAGAUUGAUGAAGAUGAUGGUCAAACAAAGGAAAUUUAGCUAUCACUUGCUUUGUGCUACUGAGAAGAUAACCCAUAUUGCCUUUGCUGAUGAUUUGAUGCUUUUCUCUAGAGGAGAUGUCACCUCGGUUACAGUGCUGGCUGAUGCUCUUAGACACUUCUCUCAAGUUUCUGGACUUCAUGUUAACCCACAUAAGUCUAACAUUUAUCUUGCAGGUGAAAUUAAGGACAAUAAAGAUGAUAUUUUGAACCUGGUGCAAUUCCCUGUAGUUACCUGUUUUGUCAAAUACCUGGGCUUGCCACUCACAUCUUAAAGGGCUUCUGAAAGGGACUUUGCCCCCCUUAUUGCUAAAGUGGAGGAGAAUAUACAUAAAUAGAAUUCCAAGACAUUGUCCCGGGUAGAGAGAGUGGAGCUGAUUAAGAGUGUCAUACAAGGAAUUCAGAGUUUUUGGCUUCAAGCCUUUCCAGUCCACAAGUCUGUUCUUAACAGGAUUACCACUAUUUGCAGAACUUUUCUUUGGGGAAGUAAAUUUUCAAAGGUUGCUUGGUUUGAUAUUUGUAAGCCCACUGAAGAAGGAGGAUUGGGACUUCGAGAUUCCUACACCUGGAACCAAGCUUUUCUGGUCAAGAACCUUUGGAAUAUUGCCUAUAGGAAGGAUACAUUGUGGGUAAAAUGGGUCCAUUCAGUUUAUCUUAGAGGCAGAGAGAUCUGGUGUGGACACCUAAGAAGGGUGACUCACACCUCUUCCAAAGGCUGUCCAUUGCUAGAGACACCAUGAUUGAGAAAUGUGAGGGGCUUGAUAACAUUGAAGAGUACAUGCAGGGUCUGUGUCACAAUGGGGCCUUUAACACCUCCAAGGCUUAUGAUACCCUCAGAACUAGAAACCCUAUUAAGCCAUGGAUGAAGUGCAUCUGGCAGGCAUACAUUCCCCCUAGAUUUUCAUUCACCACCUGGUUAGCUUUGCGUAGGUGCCUACCCACCAAAGUUAACCUACCCUUUGUGGAAAUGGAAACUAAAAACAAUAGUCUUUGUCAUAUGGAACUGGAAACCUCUGAGCACCUUUUCUUCUCUUUCCAUAUCAGCUCACAUGUUUGGAAUGGGAUCAAGCAGUGGCUUAACAUUGAUGCUUCACUCUCCACAAUAAAAAGAGCCAUCAAGUGGCUAAGGAGGCAGCAUACUGGACACAACAACAGGAAGAAGUUUUGUAGAUUGGGAACUAUGAGUGUCAUUUACCACAUCUGGAAGAUGAGGAACAUUGUGUAGUUUGAUAAUCAUGCUGUGGAUGUUCAGAAGAUAAUUUAUAUGAUCAGGUUGAGCAUGUACAAGAUUAUGUUUAGGCUGUUCCCCUCUAGCCUAACCACUUUGACUUAGAGGUGGUUGGUGCUUCAUUUAGGGGGUUGGUGCCCUUGGGUUUUGAUGCUUUGUUGGGUGGUGGUUGAGAUGACACACUUUCUUCUCUUUGUUUGCUGGAAACAAACUAAACUCCAAUCAACUCAUCUUUGGUGUGGUUGACUAGAGAAUAGUUUGGGUCUGGUUGGGGGUUACCCCUAGGUGGUUGCUUGUUUGGAAACAAUCUAAACACUACCCACCCACCCUUUAGGGUUGGGGGUAGUGAAUAGAUUGGGUCCCAGGGG